GCUACUAAAAAAUGAAGUGUUUCAACCUUUAAAAGUAAGUAACUAAAAGCGAUCUUCUCCAAAGCUGCUUUCUGAAAAAUAAAUCAUCUACCUUUGCCAAUACCAACCAUACCGAAAAGGAAUUACAAAUCGUUCUAGUCUUUUUACCUCAGGAAAUAUUUUUUUGAUGUUGUAACAGUCGUGAUCUUAUACUUCAAGGUUUGUUUUCUCAUACUCUGACUAUCUGCCUAAUAAACCUUGUAUCAACCUCCUGUCCCCGUGAUUUAAGAAAGUUCUCCCAGUGCUUGAGUUUAGUCCAUCCUAUGCAUUCCUCCCACGACUUUCAUUGACAAGAAUUUCUCUGACCACUACUACACUUACGCCAUUAAUUAUACCUAGAAGUACAAGAAAAAACUACAUCAAGAUGAGUACCUCUUCUUGUUCUUCUACGUGGAAACUGUUGGCGGGCUUGGGAACACGCGCCGGACACCUCCUGGUUCGCCGAUUGCUCCUCUACUGCCAGUUCAUCUACGCUUGUGCCGCGUUGGGCGCUUCUCUUGAUCAGCAUACGCGGCAUGAAGACAAGUUCCUGUCGAAACGACAUCCUGCAGACCGCCACAGUCCUAGUAAAGGUGCAGAAGGACUAGGAGGUAAAGGAGUAGAUCACCAUCACGAUCACCUCCAUCUUCACGACCAUCACCUUCAUGGAGACCAUCAUCACUCGAAAGGUCGUGAGAAAGGCAAAGGCGUUGAUCAGCAGCAUCAUCCUCAUCAUCACCAUUGGCAUGCGCACCACGCGGAUCACCACGGGCAUACUAGUAUUGUGGAUCUUCACCAUGAUCAUCAUGCGCACCAUCUUCAUACUAGCAGGGAAGAUGUGACGAGUACAACCGGGGUAGAAGAUCAUCACGAACUACACGACCAUGUUGAUCACUACAACUACCUUCACAACAACAUUCACGACAGCGACCUUCAGGACAUACACGAUCAUGCAAAGGAGCAUCUUCAACAACCGCAUGUGCACGAGCUUCACCUAGGAGAAAGUGAAAAUAAGCACAAGUCUUCUACUUCUUUACUAGGAGCAAGUUCUAUUUUACCUGGACGUGGAGGACAUGAUCAAGACAGCUAUUACUAUGCCGAAGAAGAGGAGGACUCUUCGGCAGAUGUCGAUAGUCCCCAAGACCUUCUAGAAGAUUACUUGCGACAGCACCAUGAUCAGCACCAUCAGCAAGGUGAACAAGAAGAAGAUCCUUUUUCUACAGCACCUCCAGGUUACUUGAUUAAGGCUGCUCAAGAAUUAUAGAAUUCAUUUCUACAACCAAGCCUUGCUUUUCUCCCUGUGCUGUGGUCCUUCCUAGGAUCGAUUGGGAGAAAUGCUGGCAACAUGAAAUGGAUUGCUUUGUUGAGCUCUAAUUUAACUGCAUCUGAAGAACAAGCCGCUGCUCGUCUUGAAGAAGAAGAUGAACAUGGCGGUUUACGUCCAGAGGAGUUGGUUGGUACCUACUUCUCAUCUAGAAGUAGUGCUGGUACGACUACAGGAGAUCAUCGAGAUCUUGAUGUUGUUCACGUUGAUGGAGACCUCCCUAUCUUCGGAGGUAGUACACAUCAUGAUCAGGGACAUGAUCUUCAUCCUGUGGUAGAAGAAGAAGUCGAGCUUUCUUUGUGGAGUCAGAUUUGGUCCAGCAUUUUUCCGCCAGCUGUACAGGAAGCACAACUACUACCAGACCCUCCAAAUGGGAAACAGGUACAACCUCAUCAAGCACAUCAUCAUGAUGUUGAUGAUGACGACGAUGAUGGCAAGAAGAUGACAGGAGCUGGAGAACAAGACCAUGUUGACCGCAAGCAUAAGGCAGGAGGGGCUUCAUCCGGACAUGUAGUACGUCAAACGGGAGGUCAUGCACAGGUGGAUCUUCAUCCAGAGCCAGUGGACGAUGAGCACAAGGCCAAAGAUGGACCAGCACAUGCACAGCAUCAGCAUCAUGCACAACAUCGAGCGCAAGCAGGUGUGAAAGAUCACAAAGACGAGGCGCUCCUCGUACACGAGGAUGUAGCGCCAAAACAGGUGCAAGGAAUUCUAGAGGAUGUACAUGAACGUGAUCUUCCAGAUCAGGAUCAAGAACCUGCUGUUGUACCUUCACCUACACGUCCUUCUCCACAACCAAAAGCAAAGCCUUUCAUUCCAUAUGAGGAUCACCAUCCGCGGCACAAGCAAUUGGCAGCUAUGCUUUUCGGCGACGAAGCCCAACAGCAUCUGCUGUUCGACGAUCAUGGUGUCGCAGACUUGUCACCAGAAGAGAAGGAGUACCGACGUCAGCAUGUACAGAAGCAUGUCUAUGGUCGUGGUCUGGAGGAAACAGGAGCUGCAAUUACUGCUGCUGAUGAGAGCAAGCACAACAACUACAAUUAAGGCUCAAAAAUAUAUUGCAUUUCCACGACUCAUUUCUCGCAGUUUCCCUCUUGAAAUUGUGGAGAAAUGAAGGGAAGAAAUGAAAUGUUUUGAGCUCUAAAACAAAAGCGCCAAGGUUGCUGCUGCUGCUGCUUCUAAAGGGGAAGAUGCUCCUGCUCUUGGGGCGAAAAAUGAAAUUUCGACAACGCAGAUAGUGAAGCUACACGAACUCCUCCAAGCCGAACUAGAGAAAUUCCAGAAGAACGACGAGAAAGCAGCAGAAGGUAUUCAAAUUUGGUAGAAGAUCGACGUAGUUGUCUUUUAUCUAGAAGACGAUGUGAUUCUCAGUCAUCUUUUUCUGUUGCGUCCUACUUCUUAGGUGCAGCAGGAGUCACAAGCUUUUUGGAGCCGCAUCCUCAAAGACCAAUUGGUGGAGCUUCUGUCUCACCUGUCGGUUCUGCGUCGACGUCCUUCCUGAAUCGGCGGGUGGAAGUUGAAGCUUCACCGGAAGGAAGCGUGGAGGAUUUAGAUUUUUAAGGUCUCUUUUAGGUUUAAAUACUAAAUUUUUUGUCACUACGUACAGGAGGAGGAGGAUUAUAAUUCGGGAUGGGAAGAAAAGAUAGAGAUAGUAGACAUGAUAGUAGACAUCACGAUCACUCAGACUUCAGGAGGUUGAAGAAGUUACGGCGUCACAAGUAGAUAAGUGACGUGUUGUGGACUGUGUCCGAAUGAUAGUAGACAUGAUAGGCAUACCUUCACCUUCUAACUCUGGUCACAUGAGAAUGACGAACUAGCUGAUUCUGACGAAAGUGAGGUGCUGGAGCAAGAAGCGGAAAGCUUCCUAUGAAGCAUUCAGACGAGAAAUUUAGAGGAAGAAUAGUAGAGCCAGUUGUAGGUCGUGUAGCACCUUCAUCUGGCUCGGUGAGAAGGGGUUUCGAACGAGAAGGAGUAAGAGACGAGGGGGUUAGUUGUACUGUUAGUACACCAUGAAAAUAGGUAUAUAGGGGUGUAGCAGUGGUAGUAGUAGUCGGAGUACCUUGGACAACUCAGUAUUUUAGUCAAGUUGAUGCUGGAACAAGGUAAAGAUAAGCAGAGAGAACAUCAACGAGUAGGGAAGGGUAUGAGAGAGUACUAGAGAAAGCAGCAAGAAAAGGGUAGUAGAUGACGACAAUUUACAACAUCAUCCUAGGUAGAAGAACGAAGUAUUUGGAUUGCUCAAUCCGAUUUUCGCAAAAGCAGAACUAGAUCAGAUUGCUAUGUAUUUGACAUUUUUCUUACUCUUACAUCUCGAUAGAUUUUCAUAGAAUUUCCAGUACACAUUUUCUAACAACAUUAGGAUUACGCAGAUCAUCAUAGUACUUGCAUCAAGUAGUUCAGUUAACAAGAGUUACUAGAAGCCUACAGAGAAAUGACGAGAACUCAUGAAUAGCAUCACUAUUGUCUCCAAUAUCAUUUACAUUCAUUCGUUCAUACGUACUUAGCACGUUUAGACAUGGUCACUGUGACGCAAACUAAUCGCAUUCAUACGCUCGACAAGUCGAAUAAUUUUACAGGCGAAACGAAAUAGACUGAAAUCAUUCAAGGAACCCUAGCAAUUUUUAUUUUUGUUACGCCCUGACGACCCCUAGUUCUUCUUCUUGCAUGUGGUGUGCUCAUCCUAUCUUCAUCCAAUAUGCAAUCAUCAUCCUAGGAUUUCUAAUUCUAUCUUCCCUAGUUGUAUCCUAAAAGAUCCCAACACAAUAUCAAUGUCCGUCCUGUAUGUUCAUAACCUGUGAAGCUGAAGAAACUACCGGUACGUAUGAGAUUUGCAAAUUGGCUUUUCAAAAUGUACAUGUAGUAUUUUCAAAAUUCUUGUAUCUAAAAAUAACGUAGCCGUAAACUUGUAUCUGCAUCUUUUGAUUAUGCUACAGCACAUGUGGUUGUCGACGACGCGAUCAUCGAACAAGACUAUAUCGUUAUAAUUACGUGUAAGUAGCAUGAUGAUCUUCGAAAUGUAUAAAUUAAUAUGAUUCAACUAGUAGACAACUAUAAAAGCCAUUUUUGCUCCACCGCUAGGUGGAUCGAUUAU